AUGGAUCAUGAAUCAGGCGAAGGGAAGCUGGAAAGUGCGCCAAAGUUCGACGGGAGCGACUAUUGGAGUUGGAGCUUCCGAUUCGAGCAAUGGGCAGAGGCACACGAUCUAUGGGGGUACUUUGAUGGUUCGGAGGAGCGACCUGCAUCGGGUGACGCACGUCUAAAGUGGGAGAGGAGAAAUCAGAAGGCAUUCGCCCAAUUCUGCAAUGCCUUGGUGCCAGAUGAGCUGAUUCGCUUGGUACGGGAGUUCGGCGGCAAGACCGAGUUGGGCAGCGCACCUGUUGAUGGCAGAGCAAGAGCGGUCACCCGAGUUCCUGCAGGCAUAGCAGCGGCAUACACACGAGUGAAGGGGUUCUACCUUCAGCGUGGAUUGUGUAACCGGAUGGCACUCUCUGAGGAGCUCUCUUCCUUGAAGAUGAAAGAAGGGGAGGGAGUGGCUGCAUACUGGGCGCGUGUCGAGGACUUGAAGUCCAAGUACUUGGCUGCAGGAGGGAAGGAGGAGGUUGAGGAGUGGAUGAUGAGGGUACUCAAAGGACUACCUCCUCAUUUUGAGAUGCUGAAGGUAGUGCUGAACAACCAAUCACCAUCGCUUACUAAGGAUCAGAUGCUUACCUCUUUGAGGAGCGAGGAGAUGCGGAUUGGUGUCGCACCAAGAUCGGAUGGUGUUGCCACUUUUGGAGCGGGUACGAAACGGGGGGGUCGUGGGUCCAACGGCAAGGCACAGGUGGCGGAUGAGGAGGAGCAGGAUGACAAGGCAGAGGUAGUGGUUGGAGAGGCAGUUGCAGCAGUAGGAGGGGAGCAGCCGCGAGAGGGGUGGUGGAUUGACACUGGAGCCAGCCACAACUUUACUCCUUAUGCAUCCGACUUCAAGAGUAAGCUUGAGCCACUUGAGAUUCGGGGAGUUAGAUUGGGAGAUGGACGGGUGGUGAAAGCUGUUGGCAUGGGUGAAGUGCCAGUGGUUGGUGCUGGAGUGCGUACACCGUCACUGGGAGGAGCGGUGUAUGUCCUCAGCCUCAUUGACGACUUCACCAGACGAGUUUGGUCGUUCCCACUCCCCAACAAGGAAUCAGCCACAGUUGCAAAAGUUCUUCGACAGUGGCAUAAGGACGUGGAGUUGGAGUGUGGGCGGAAGCUGAAGGCUGUUCGCUCAGACAGGGGCGGCGAGUUCUUGGGGGACGCUGUGAAAGCAUGGAAGGCGGAGUUUGGCAUUAAAACGCAAUUGAGCGUCGCAGAUACACCGCAGCAGAAUGGGGUCGUGGAGAGGUGGCACAGGACGAUGGCAGAGGGGAUUCGCACAUUGUUGGUCGACAGUGGUCUCCCUGCUCGCUUGUGGGGUGAAGCAUUGAUGUGGGUCGUGUGGGUUAAGAACAGGGUCACUCACAAUGCUUUGCCUGCCUCCAUCACACCAAUGGAGGCGUGGUCCGGCCAGAAGCCGCAUGUGGGCAUGGCUCGGAUUUGGGGUUGCAUGGGGAGUGUCAUGUUGCAUGGGCAUGAGAAGGGUGGCAAGCUUGAUGCACGGACUGUCAUGUGUGUCUGUGUUGGGGUGGACAUGGAGAGCAAGGGUUGGCGCAUGCUGGACCGUUCUCUCAUGCGCAUUCGCAUUGCUCGGGAUGUUGAUUUUCUUGAAAAUGUGAUGUGGAAGGAUUGA